AUGCCACCCCACGGAGGGCUGUUUGUGGGUGUCUGGCUGCUGCUGGUCCCUGGUCUCGCUGAGCCCCUCCCCAGCACAGGGGGGGCCACUCUUGCCUUCGUUUUUGACAUCACUGGCUCCAUGUACGACGACCUGGUGCAGGUGAUGGACGGGGCCUCGCGCAUCCUGGAGCGGACGCUCAGCAGGAGCACGAAGCCCAUCAGCAACUACGUGCUGGUUCCCUUCCACGACCCAGAGGUGGGACCGGCCACCCUCACCACGGACCCCCGGCUCUUCCAGCGGCGCCUGCGGGAGCUCCACGUCCAGGGCGGAGGGGACUGCCCGGAGAUGAGCGUGGGAGCCAUCAGGCUGGCUGUGGAGGUCUCACACCCUGGCUCCUUCGUCUAUGUCUUCUCGGAUGCUCGGGCCAAGGACCACGAGCAGCAGGAGGAGCUGCUGCAGCUGCUGCAGCAGAAGCAGACCCAGGUGGUGUUUGUGCUGACGGGGGACUGUGGGGACAGGAGCCACCCCGGGUACCGCGUGUACGAGCGCAUCGCGGCCACCAGCGCCGGGCAGAUCUUCCACCUGGACAAGCAGCAGGUGACAGAGGUGUUGAAGUGGGUAGAAGAGGCCAUCCAGGCUUCCAAGGUUCAUCUGCUGUCCACAGAUCAUGAGGAUGGUGGGGAGCACACGUGGCCCAUACUCAUUGACCCUAGUCUGAAGGAGAUCACCAUCUCCCUGAGUGGCCCUGCCCCCAGGAUUGAGGUCUGGGAUGCAGCAGGAAGGGUCCUCAAGAAAGGCCAAGGCCUGAAGGAACUGCUCAGCAUCCCCAAUUCAGCCAUGGUGGUGGCUGUGGAGCCCCACGAGCCAGGGACGUGGUUGGUCACGACCCAGAGCAGUGGCCGUCACUCGCUGAGGAUCACGGGCAUCAGCAACGUUAAUUUUCAAGCCAGCUUCUCCACUCAGCCUGACUUUGAUGCCAGCCAACCUGGAGAGAGGCCAGUGCAGGGUCUACCCACCUCCGUGGUGGUGAACUGCACCGGUCUGAAGCCGCCUGGACACUUGCAGGAGGUUGAGCUCUUCAACACCUCUGGCCAUGCCCUCCUCUCACUGCCUGUGCAGCCCCUCUCCAACACCUCCUCGGGGCAGCUCUGGGUGGGCUCACUGCUCCGUGUCCCCCCUGGUGAUUUUCUGCUGAAGGUGAAGGGCAAAGACACCCAGGGACACCCCCUGCACCGUCUCUCUGGGGUCACCUACAGCAGCGUGGUCCCCGGUCUACCCAAAGUGAACAUCUCCAGCAGGAUCCAGGCUUACAACCAUGAGCCACAGCUCGUCUCCUGCUCUGCAUGGAGCGAGAUCCCUUUCCACCUGCAGCUCAGCCGUGGUAGGACAACACUCAGGGAAGAGCAGGUCUUCAGGAGCUCAGGGAACAUCAGCUGGUUGAUCCCGGCAGCAUCCAAGAGCGACGAAGGCUUUUACGAGUGCACAGCCCUGAGCAAGGUCGGGGCGACACGGGCUCGUGCCUACGUCUCUGUCUCAGAGCCACCGCCACGGCUCAUAGCUCCGGGCAACAUCACAGCCUCACCGGGCCAAGACGUGGUCAUGUCCUGCCCGGUUCUGAGCCGUGUGCCCUACAACCUGACGUGGAGCUGGGACGGGAAGGCGGCCCAGGGCAGGAACGGCCGGACCAGGCUGCUGCAGAACCGCUCUCUGGAGAUCAGCCCCGUGCAGCCGGGGGACGGGGGCCUGUACGAGUGCGUGGCACGCAGCGCCCACGGCACUGCCAGCGCCUCCCUCUGGCUCUUCAUCCAGGAGGCGCCGUGGGUGAAGGUGGACGCCGGCCCGCGGCGUUUCGGCAGGGGCCAGGAGUUGCGGCUGAGCUGCACGGCCGGGGGCCACCCCCCACCCCACAUCAGCUGGAAGCGCUGGGGCUGGGCACUGGAGCAGGACGAGAGGGUUUUCACAGAUGCUCAGGGUACCCUGCACAUCAGGGCUGCUGUCCCAGAGGAUGCAGGGAAUUAUAGCUGCUCUGCCAGCAGCACGCUGGGCUGGGAUGAGCAAGUCGUCACCCUGGAGUUCACUGAGCCCCCUGCCAUCCUGGCAGUGACACCCAGUCUGAAGGCACUGGUGGGAGAAGAUGUGAUCCUGGAGUGCUGGGUUUCAGGGAUGCCCCCACCCCACAUCACAUGGUACAAAGGUGAGCAGGCAGUGGCCACGUUCCCAGCCGGCACCCAGCGUGCCAUGCUGCGGCUGCAGGCAGUGCAGGAGGAGGAUGCAGGGCAGUACAGCUGCCAGGCCCUCGGGGAGGCUGGAGUCGCCGUUGACAGCACUGUGCUGGAUGUGGGGUCUGCCCCUCACUUUCCUGAGCCCCUUGGGGACGUGGCAGUGGAGGUUGGGGAGAGCGUGAGGCUCCUGUGCCGGGUGGAGGGCUCUCCCCCACCACACAUCACCUGGGCCCGGCAGGACGGGGAGCCCGUGAUGGGCUGGAACAGACCACGGGGUGUUUCCAGCCAGCUGGAGGCUGCUGAGCUCCUCAUCCACAGUGCCUCACUGGAUGACCAAGCUGUGUAUGUCUGUGAAGCCCAGAACGAGUUUGGGAAAAUCCACGCCGAGGUCAAGCUCACAGUCACCGGACAGGCCCCAGAAAUAGCUGUGGCAUCCCCCGUGGUGCGUGUGCUCCUGGGCCAGCCCGUCUCGUUGCCCUGUGUGCUCCUGGCUGGGAGCCCGUUCCCAGCACGCCGCUGGCUGAAGGAUGGGCAACCGGUAGCCCCCAGCAGCCACUACUCCCUCCAGGCUGAUGGGAGCCUGCACGUGGCCCAGACCUCGCAGUGGGAUGCAGGGAGGUACAGCUGUGAGGUGACCAAUGCCCUCGGCUCGCACAGGCAGGACGUGUCCCUGGUCAUCCAGGUUCCUCCCAGCAUUGAGCCUGGCCCUGUCCUGGUCACUGCCACUGAGGGAGCAGCCGUUGCUCUGCGGUGCAAUGCCACUGGUGUGCCCACUCCCACUGUCACCUGGGCAAAGGGCACAGAGCCCAUUUUGCUGAGCUCACGCUACCACUUUGAACCUGAUGGGACCCUCCUCAUCCCUUCAUCCUCCUCAGAGGACUCUGGGACCUACUUCUGCACAGCCACCAAUGCAGCAGGCUUCUCCAGCCAGGAGAUGCAGCUCUCCAUCAGCACAAAGCCCAGGAUCAAUGUGAAUGGAUCACAGGUGGCAGAGCCCAUCACCAUCCUGGCUGUGCUUGGCCAAGAGACCACCCUGCCCUGCGAGGCUCAGGGCUCUCCCCCUCCCUUGGUGGUGUGGACGCGCGAGUCCCAGCCGCUGCCUCUCGCCACUUCGGGCUACAGCGUGCUCGCCUCGGGGUCCCUGCGGCUGGCCGAGCCGCGGCUGACAGACAGCGGGCUCUACACGUGCACGGCCACCAACGCGGCAGGGAGCAGCUCGCUCAGCUACCGCCUGCGCCUCCGAGCUCCCCCUCAGCUGCUGAUCGGCGAUGGGGAAAGACACCUGACUGCUGUCGCCAACGAGUCCCUGAGGAUUCGCUGCCGUGCCACGGGCAACCCCACACCCCAGCUGCAGUGGCUGAAGGAUGGACAUCCACUGGGUGAGCAGGACGGUGUGACGGUGUCUGAGGAUGGUGGGACUCUGCUGAUCACCCGCCUGGGGCUUGGUCAUGGAGGGCUCUACAUCUGCCAGGGCAGGAGCUGGGCAGGGCUGGCCCAGGCAGAGGUGUGGGUUUCGGUGCAAGUGCCUCCCAACAUCGAGCCCAGUGUGGUGGACCUGACUGUCCUGGAGAAUGGUGCAGUGACCCUGGAGUGCUUGGCCUCGGGGCUGCCCGAUCCUGACAUUACCUGGUACAAGGGGCACGAGCAGCUCUCAUCUGGAGCAGGACGGGCCGUGUCCAGGGAUGGGAAGCGCCUGGAGAUCCCGAGUGCCCGGCUGUCUGACAGCGGCAGCUACCGCUGCCUGGCCUCCAACGUGGCUGGUGUCAGCGAGCUCUGGUACAACCUGCAGGUGACUGUGCCUCCAUCCUUCUCCUCAGCAGCACCUGCUGCUGUGCCUGUGCUGGAGGGACAGUCCAUCAGGCUGACCUGCGAAUGCCAUGGCAUCCCCUUCCCCACUCUGAGCUGGCAGAAGGACGGUGAGCUCAUCUCCACCCAGCCUGGGAGCCUGAAGCUGGUGUCCACAGGAGGGAGCGUGUUGUACAUCGAGAGGGUAGGGCUGGCGGACGAGGGGACGUACACCUGUGAGUGCAGCAAUGCCGCCGGCCGCAGCAGCAAGGAGCACCACCUGGAGGUGCAUGCGCUGCCGAGGAGCUGGGGCAGCAGCAAAGCCCCCAGGAAGGUUUCUGUCAUCAAGGCUGGCGAGACGGUUUUGGAGUGUGAGGCUGGGGGGAUGCCACAGCCCACAGUGAUGUGGGUGAAGGACGGGCAGCCCGUGGCUGGUGGGGCUGGAGUCGUGCUGACGGAGCGCGGGAGGCGGCUGCGCAUCUCCCAGGCAGAGGUGGCCCACGCUGGACACUACACGUGCCUGGUGGCCACUGCCACAGGACAGCAGCAGAGGGAGUUUGAUGUUGCAGUGCAUGUUCCUCCUGAGUUCAUCCAAGGAUCAGGAUCCACAACCAACAUCAGUGUGUCUCUGCAAGGAUCCCUGACACUGACCUGUGAGGCCACUGGUGUUCCUCUGCCCACAGUCACCUGGUCCUGGAAUGGCUCUCCUGUCACCCCCAGUGAGCACGUGCAUGUGCUCUCAGGGGGCUGGCUGCUGAGGCUCACCCAUGCACGAGCCCAGGAUGGUGGCCACUAUUCUUGCCUGGCCAGUAACAUAGCUGGGGAAGCCAGGAGGCAUUUCUAUGUGGAGAUCCUAGUUCCUCCCCACAUCGAGAACGCUGGUGAAGAAGAGACCAUGGAAGUGCCUGAGGGUCACUCUGUCACCUGGUCCUGCCUGGCUACGGGCAACCCCCACCCAAAGAUCAGCUGGCUGAAAGAUGGGCACCCUCUGCCCAGGGGAGACACCUUCUCCAUCUCCUCGAACGGCUCCGUGCUCCACAUCCCCCGAGCCUCCCUGUCUGACGCUGGCCGCUACUCCUGCCUGGCCUCCAGCUCCCUGGCAAAUCAAACCAAGCACUACCUACUGGAUGUUUUGGGAUCCCCUACCUUUGGAGAUGCCCAUGAUCCUGCCAUGGAAGAAGUCACAGUGACCAUCAACAACCCCGUAUCCCUGGUCUGUGAGGCUCUGGCAUAUCCCUCUCCCAACAUCACCUGGCUCAAGGAUGAGGCUCCCCUCAAAGCAUCCAGAAACAUCCUCCUGCUUCCUGGUGGCCAUGGGCUGCAGAUCCUGAAUGCCCAAGAGGAGGACACAGGCACCUACAGCUGCAUCGUGGCCAGUGAAGUUGGAGAGACCGUGAAGAACUACUCUGUGAAGGUCCUGGUUCCUCCUUGGAUUACCAGAGAUGACCCUUUGGGGGAAUUUGCCUUGAAAGAGGUGAAAACCAGUGUCAACAGCACAGUGAUGCUGGAGUGUGAGACCUGGGCUGUGCCUGAGCCGACCAUCCAGUGGUACAAGGACAAGCAGCUCCUGAUAAGCAGUGGUCACCUCCAGAUCCUCAGUGAGGGACAGGUCCUUCAGAUCAAACCAGCCAGUGUCUCGGAUUCGGGACACUACACCUGCGUGGCCACCAAUGCUGUGGGUGAAGAUGACAGGGACUUCAUUGUGCAUGUCCAAGUGCCACCCCUCUUCCAGCAGCAAAGCCCCAGUGAAGCCCUCGAGGCCUUCUACCGGGAGGAAGACCAGGAUGGGGAGGUGACAGAGCAUCGUCAGGCUGUCCUCGGCCAGCCCACCGCGCUCUACUGCGACACCAACGCCAUCCCACCCCCCCAGCUCACCUGGUAUAAAGAUGGAGAGCCUCUCUCCCCUGGCCCAGGGGUGCAGGUGCUGCUAGGGGGCCGGGUGCUGCGGCUGCGGGCGGCGCGCCAGGAGGACGCGGGCAGGUACAGCUGCGAGGCCGCGGGCACCGCGGGGCACGGCCGCCUGCACUACGAGCUGGAGGUGCUGGCCGCCCCAGCCAUCCGCCGUGGCACAGGGGCCCUGGCAGAGGAGGUGACGGCCGCCAUCAAUGGCACCAUCAGCUUCAAGUGCGAAGCCACCGGGCACCCGCUGCCCCUGGUGUCCUGGCUGUGGAACGACGUCCCCAUCGAGGUCGGCCCACGGCACCAGCUCCUGGAGGGUGGCACAGUCCUGCAGGUGGCUGCGUUGGAGGCGGGUGACAGCGGCAGCUACACGUGCGUGGCCGAGAAUGCGGCUGGCUCAGCUGAGAAGCACUUUGCCCUCACUGUGCAGGAAGCUCCCUGGGUUGUGGGCACAAACCCCAAAAGCAUCGACGGCGUCAUCAACGGCAGCGUCUCGCUGGUCUGUGACAUCCACUCCCCCCCUGCUGCUGAGAUCACCUGGUACAAGGAUGGCAGGGUCCUGCAGCUCGGUGAGGAGGUGACAGUCACCUCAGGCUCUCGGGUGCUGCAGCUCCCUCAGCUGCAGCUCUCCAGCUCAGGCAUGUACACGUGUGUGGCACUGAGUGUGGCUGGCCGGGACGAGCAGCACUUCAUCCUCACCGUGCACGAGCCUCUGGGCACCCAGGGCCUACAGGAAGAGCUGCUGGAUGCUGACAUGGGGACCCCCCUUGUCCUGACCUGCCACGUCCCCGGCCUGCCAGCGCCUGCUGUCAGCUGGCUGAGGGACGGGAGCCCGCUGGAGAGCAGCCUGGAGCAGGGCCUGGUGUCUGGAGGGGACCAGCUCCAGCUCAGCCCCCUCCAGCCCUCCCACCAGGGCCGAUACACCUGCCUGGCACGGGGCCCGGGCACCGAGGUGCGCAAGGACUUCAUGGUGCUGGUGCGAGUGGCACCCCGGAUUGCCAGUGCAGGGGGUCCCAGCGAGCACAGCGUGCUGGAGGGCAGAGGGGUGAGGCUGGAGUGCCAGGCAGAGGGACAGCCCACCCCCCACAUCUCCUGGCUGAAGGACGGGCAGCCCCUGGGGCUGCAGUCCUCCUCCCAUGCCCGGCUGUCCCCAGAUGGCAGCUCCCUGCUCCUCGAGGGGCUCCAAGCCGCCGACUCGGGGGCAUACACCUGCCUGGCCCGGAACAGCGCGGGCGAGGACGCACGGCUGCACACCCUGAACGUGCUGGUGCCUCCCACCAUCGAAAGAGGUGCCCAUGACUCGGAGCUGGUCCGUGGCGUCGUGGCCACAGCAGUGACGCUGGAGUGUCGGGCCCGGGGGUCCCCUCCCCUGCACGUGAGCUGGCUGAAGGACGGGCUGCCCCUGCGCCUGUCCCCCCGUGUCACCCUGCUCUCAGCUGGCCACCUCCUGCGGAUCUCCCAGGCACAGGUCUCAGACGCUGGGCUCUACACCUGCAUCGUCUCCAGCCAGGCUGGGGUGGCCGAUCGCAGCUUCAUCCUGCAGAUACAGGUGCCCCCUGUUCUGGACAGUCCUGAGAGCAGCAAGGAGCAGAUAGUGGCCGAGGGCUCUGAUGUCACUUUCACCUGUGAAGCCACCGGAUCCCCAGCACCAGAGGUGACCUGGCUGAAGGAGGGUGAGCCCCUGGCUCUGCAGAGCAACCAGGUGCCCAGCAGCCCUCAGCUGAGCCUGGCAGCCGUGGGGCCAGCAGAUGCAGGGACAUACUCCUGCCUGGUAGCCAACGAGGUGGGGGAGGUCAGCAAAACCUUCCACCUCCUGGUGAUGGAGCCACCCCGUGUCGAGGCUGCAUCCUAUCCCACUGAGAUGUCCAUGGCUGUGGGCACUCCUCUGGAGCUGACCUGUGUGGUGACGGGUGUCCCCAUGCCCACUGUCACCUGGGAGAAGGAUGGACGGCUGCUGGCAGGGCCUUGGCUCAUGUCAGGCAAUGAGAGCACCCUCCUCAUCGAGAGCACUAAAGUGGCUGAUGCUGGCUUGUACACCUGCCUGGCUGCGAGUCCUGCUGGGGAGGACAGCAGGAGCUUCCACGUCAGCAUCCAAGCUCCCCUUGGCACAGCGAGCGUUGGAGAGACCCCCAGCAUCACGGCUGUGGUGGGGGGACAGCUCAUCCUGGAGUGCCCCGAGGAUGCUGUGCCAUCCCCUCACAUCGAGUGGCACCGGGAGGGCUCCCCGCUGCGGGAGGAUGCCCACAGGAGAGUGCUCGCCGAGGGACGCUUCCUGCGCAUCCAGGCUGUGGCGGCUGCGGAUGGGGGCCAGUACAGCUGCAGGGACACCAGCACACGGCGGGGCACCAGCCUGCACGGCCGGGUAGAGGUUCAUGUGGCCCCAGAGAUCCAGCCGGGCCCCGAGGAGGUGCAGGUGCUGCUGAACAGCUCCGUGGUGCUGCCCUGCAGGGCAGAGGGGUGGCCUGUGCCCCGGGUGACGUGGCAGAAGGAUGGCCAACUCCUGCCUCUUCAUGGGAGUGACAGGCUGCAGCUCCUGCCAGGUGGCUCCCUACAGAUCAACCUUGUUCAGAUCCAGGAUUCAGGCUAUUACCUCUGCAUGGCCUCCAGCCCCUCUGGCUUCGACCGGCGAGGCCUGGAUCUUCAAGUCCUGGUUCCUCCUGCCAUUGCCCCUGGACACUCCAACCUCACCCUGCUGGCUCAGCAGCCAGCCACACUGCACUGUGACGUCUGGGGAUCCCCCGAGCCCCAGGUCAGCUGGGAGAAGGAUGGUCACCCUCUUAACCCACACCUCCUGCCCAGCACCUACAGUUUGCAGCCCUCGGGGUCGCUGCUCAUCGCCAGCCCUGGUCCCCGGGACGAGGGGCUGUUCGAGUGUGUGGCCACCAACGCUGCCGGCGAGGCACGCAAGGUCUUCCUGGUGUCUGUCCACGUGCCCCCCACCAUUGCCGAUGACCUUACGGAGCUGGUUGUCACCCGGCUGGCCCCUGCAGUCCUCACCUGCUACGCCUCUGGAGUGCCCCGGCCCUCUGUGUCAUGGAGCAAGGAGGGGGCUCAGCUGGGCAGCCGAGGAGGGGGCUACCGCAUCCUGCCCACAGGAGCCCUGGAGAUCAGGCAGACGCUGCCCACACACGCUGGCCGCUACACCUGCACGGCGAGGAGCAGCGCUGGCAGAGCCCACAAACACCUCCGGCUCGUGGUGCACGAGCCCCCUGCCAUGAAGCCCCUGCCUGGUGUGGUGAUGGUGAUGGUCAAUGCCAGCGCCACGCUGUCCUGCCACGCCACCGGCAUCCCCCGGCCAAAGGUCACCUGGCAGAAGGAUGGUGUUGACAUGGCUGGAGAGCCUGGGCUGAAGGUGCUUCCCAACGGGCAGCUGCAUCUCCUCCGAGCCUCCCCAGAGGCCGCGGGCACCUACCUGUGCGUGGCUCGCAACCCCUCGGGCACCGCUGCAGGGAGAACCAGGCUGAUCGUGCAAGUGCCGCCCGUCAUCGCGGCCGGCCCGGCCGAGCUGGCUGCCCUGCAGGGGCUGGAGGUGCUGCUGCCGUGCGCUGCCCGCGGCAUCCCCGAGCCCCGCAUCUCCUGGAGCCGGGAGGGAGCUGCGGUGCGGGGCGGCGGGGGGAAAGCCACCGUCCUGCCCUCCGGGGACCUGCUGCUCCGGGAUGUCCAGGAAGGGGAUGCUGGGAGCUAUUCCUGCACAGCAGUGAACUCAGCUGGGAGGGCUGUCCGUCAGCUCUCCCUCUCCAUCCACACUCUGCCCACCUUCACCCACCUGCCUGGAGAUGUCACCCUGAGCCGGGGUGAGAGGCUGGAGCUGGUGUGUGCUGCCACAGGCACCCCCCAGCCCCACAUCUCCUGGACAGCCAAUGGACAGCUUGUUACUGAUGGUGUAUCUGGGCAGAGGGGCCAGAGCACCCUGCGCCGGGAGGCAGCCACCCACGCAGACAGCGGCACCUACGUCUGCCACGCUGAGAACAGCAACGGUGCCAUCAGCGCCAGCGCCUUCAUCUCCAUAAGAGAGGCACCCAUCAUACGGGGGAACCCCAGCACCUACCAAGUGGAGCCCCCCGGGGCUGAUGCCCUCCUUGACUGCAAUGCCCGUGGCCACCCGGAGCCCCUCGUCCACUGGACCAAGGACGGGGUGUUGGUGGGGGCUGGCGGGCGCCUGCGCCAGCUGCUCAAUGGCUCCUUGGCCAUCCGUGCCCUGGGGAGCGAGGACGUGGGGCACUACCGGUGCGUGGCAGAGAAUGACGGGGGCACAGCAGCAAAGGUUGUCACUCUGGCCCUGCAGAGUGCCCCUGGGGUGAUGGUGAUGCCCCGAGCAGUGGUGGUGGGUGCCGGGCAGCGGGUGCUGCUGCACUGCGCCGUGUCCGGGGAGCCCACCCCCGCUGUGGAGUGGCAGCGGGAUGGGGAGCCGCUGCCCGAGGGCCUGGGUGCCCGUGUGCUGCCCAACGCCACGCUGCUCCUGCCCGCUGUCAGCCGCCGGGACGCCGGCACCUACUCCUGCCUCGCUCGCAACGCCCUGGGCUCUGCCAUAGCCCGUGCCUCCUUGACUGUCCAAGGGGAGCCACGUCGGGUGCGGGGCAGCCUGGUCGGUGUCAUCAAUGCCCACGAGCUCGGGAUCACCAGCCUGGAUGCCAGCGUGCAGGAGGACCCUCGCUCUGGCACCGCUGCCAUCCGCAGCAGCAUCAGCAGCGUCCCACCUGCCAUAGGGCCGCUGAUGCGGGUGCUGGUGGCCAUCAUUGCCCCUGUCUACUGGUCCUUGGCACAUGCUGGUGGGGAGGCCAGGAGUGGCUUCCUGCUCACUCGAGGCUCCUUCCAGCACGAGUCACAGCUGGAGUUUGCCACAGGGGAGCUGCUGCGGGUCACCCACGUCGCCCGGGGCACGGACGGCACCGGCGCUCUGCUGCUGGACAGCGUGAUCAGCGGCUCUGUGCCCGAGAGCAUCGGCGAGGCCGUGGUGCUGCCGCAGGACUUCAGCGAGCGGUACAUGCGAGUGGGCGCGGGGCUGCUCUCGGGGGGCUCAGUGCAGAGCUUCCUGCAGGACGGGCACAGCCUCAGUGCCCGCUGCAAUCACACCAUCCUGUACGAGCCCACCGCGGCCACGCAGCCCCCCCGUGUGCAGCACGUCCGGGCCAGAGCCAUCAAAGCCUCCUACAACCCGGCCUCAGAGGAGCUGCGCUUCCAGCUCCGUGCCUCGCUUGAGGAGGGGCCCAAUGGAGACCAGUGCCCAUCAGGAUUCAUCCUGGACCCCGGGCAGCUGUACUGUAUAGAUAUUGAUGAAUGCACCGAGGGGUCCCACAGCUGCCGCUACAACCAGCUCUGCCAGAACACCCCAGGGGCCUAUCGCUGUGCCUGCCCUCCUGGCUACCACUCGCUGGCUGCUGGCUGGCCCUGCUUGGACAUAAACGAGUGCCUGCAGUUUCCUCCACCAUGUGCCUUCGAGUGCCGUAACCUGCGGGGCUCCUACAAGUGCCUGUGCCCCCCGGGCAGGACCCUGCUGCCGGGUGGGGAGUGUGGCAGUGCAGGGGUGGAUGGGGAGGACACAACGAGCAGCCCUCCCCAGGACACCCUGCUGCACUGGCUGGGGCCAAGCAGCCGCUCGUGGGCACGAUCCCUCUACACUCAGCUCGGCCUCCGCCGCGUGGCAAAGGCUGUGGGGAGGGGUGCCCGGGACCCCCCCUGCCCCAUUGGCUUCAUCAAGAGGAAUGGCACCUGCAGUGACCUCGAUGAGUGCCAGAUACUGAGCCAGUGCCAGCAUGAUUGCAGGAACAGCCCAGGCAGCUACCGCUGCAUCUGUCCCACUGGCUACCGGCUGCUGCCCAACGGGAAGACCUGCCACGACGUGGACGAGUGUGCAGAUGGCACGCUGCGGUGUGGCUCGGGCCAGAUGUGCUUCAACACCCGCGGAGGUGCCCAGUGCCUGGACGUGCCGUGCCCAGCCGGCUACCGCCCAGGCUCCAGCCCCGGGCUGUGUGUGGGUCGCUGCCCGCCAUCCUGCAGCCCGGCAGGACCCCCCACGCUGCGGUACCAGCCGCUGCCGCUGCCCCUGGGCAUCGCCGCGGGCCGGGACGUGCUGCAGCUCACUGCCCUGCGCCACCGCCACGUCUUCAGGCUGCUGGAGCGGGACCCCGGCAGCCCCUUCGCGCUGCGCAGCGAGCGCGGCCGCGGCAUCAUCUCCACGCUGCGCCCGCUGCGGGACCCCGGCACGCACCGCCUCAAGGUGCAGGCGCUGGCCCCGGCAGCCCAGCGGCCACCCACCACCUUCCUCCUCAUCAUCUCUGUCUCCCCCUACCCCUACUGA